GAGGCCGCCUUUGUGUCCUACUCGAAUUGAAGCGGAGCUGUGUCAGUAUUAUCGCCUAAAUCGUACGCCAUGGACAACGUCGUUCUGCUGACGGCGAUUUUCGCCACCAUCGCUGUGCUCGUCUUCCUGUUCUUGUAUUUGAAGAAUGCCUCUCGCGGCAAUCCUGAGGGCAGGACCCGGGCUCGAGCCGCAGCGGUCGAUAGGGAGGAUACCGGUGGGGUCAGACGCGUUGUGAGAAAUCGCGGAGCGAGGAAUCGUAUGCGUGGUGGUGGAGCUGACGACGACGAGGAGGUCGGAGCGAGGGAACAGCAGGUCAGAGAGCUCUUAGAAGAGAACGACAUAGAAAUGCCGUCGGGCAAGAUCGGGACCAAAAAACUGCGGAAGCUCGAGGAGAAGGCUGAAAAACGACGACUCAGGGAGCUGGAACUCCAAGAGCGCGAGGAGCGGAAGCAGAAGCAGGCCGAUGAGGACGAACGACGGAAGAAAGAGGAUCAAAAACGAGACGAGGAGGAGAAGAGACAAGAGGAACUCGAACGGAAAGCUAAGGAGGACGCGGAACGCCGUGAACACGAGGAAUACCUCAGGAUGAAGGCUGCUUUCGAUAUCGAAGAAGAAGGAUUUGAUCAGGAAGAAGAUUCGCCGGGACGAUUGACUGAAUUCAUAAAAUACAUUGAUGAGCAGAAAGUGGUUCAGCUGGAAGACCUUGCAGCUCGUUUCAAGUUGAAAACACAAGACUGCAUCGACAGAUUGCAUCGCAUGAUAGAAGAGGAAUCGAUCUGUGGCGUCAUCGACGACCGAGGUAAAUUCAUUUCAAUCACCAAGGCGGAGCUGGAAGAGGUCGCCAAAUUCAUCAAGCUCCGAGGUCGGGUUUCUAUUCAAGAACUGGUCGAGAAUAGUAAUCGGCUCAUCAAUCUCUCUGUGAGCGUUUAGAUACCUCCCGAUCGGAAACGGUGAUAUGUGUCGCGCGGGAUCAUUGAUGUGAUAUAUAAAUAUAUAAAUAAAUAAAUAUACUUUUUCAUCUA